GUUUCGGACGAAGGAAAAACUGUAUGCAAUAAAUGGAGGCUAUCGUGGGAAACGCUUCAAAGAUCAUAGCCGUUCCUUCCGGGCGCCUGCCUCUGUGGUAAGUAGGUCGUCGACGGCAGCGUCACUGAGCGGGACAGGCCUAGUUUUUGUCAGUAAACGAAGUUGGUGAAAGCUAAACAUGAGCUACCAUCACGGAGGAGGACAUCGCAGAAAGCAACAUCGAGGUGCAGACGACUACGACAGUCAUGGUCGGCGCGAGACUUUUGACACCCCAGAGCAAAAACUGAGGAAGAGUAUCAUCAACCUCGGCGAGGUGGAUCCUGUCCAAGAACUACCACGGCUUGCGAGCGAUAUACGUGCUGCAAAUGAUGCUGCUACAGCCGCAGGCGGGCCUGCUAUACCUGCCAUCUCAGAGGGGUUUCGGAUAGGUGUCACCGAACAACCGUUCAAGAUCCCGUAUUAUGCUGCCUUGCUCCGCCUACUUCAUGACCAGCCAGAAGAUGCUGAAGAGAACCCUCCAGCUGAAGCAUCACCGCCGCUGGGCAAACAGUCCUGGAGGAUUCUGGAAGGGUUCCAAGCCUUCUUGGACAAGCUAGCCUGGCGCGAAAUCAGGUUAUGCAGUCUCAAAUCUCGCAGAUUCAAUUCUUCGCGCACUGCACAAUGGCAGGCCUCGUUUCAUCACAACAUGUUCGAGUUACUCCGGUCCUUCACCGCGGUGUUGCAAGAGUUCGGAGUGUCUCAUGGGCGAGCCAUGAAAGCAGCUUUGUGCGCGGCGGAGGGGCUCAUGAUCGCUGGCCCGAUCGUGUCGAAGUCUGGCGCAGACGCGACAGAAAUCAUUGCUGCCAUUCGCGACUAUUCAGAUUCCGUGACCGGCUCGAAAACACUGGUACAACCCAUCGUGAGGCUGCAUGAGCAGUCCCCAAUAGUCGAGCACACAGACGAGCUCCUCGAUUCGGCUCUCGCCGCCCUCAGCGCGUUGAGGGAGGGAAAUUUCGCAGAGACCGCUAACAGUUUUGUACAGCCAUAUGUGGACUUCCCCGAAUUUACUCCGGCGCCGUUCGAGCUGCCAUCCGUUUUGGUGGCCCCUGAGGUCAUUGAGCUGGAUGGUUUGACAACUGAAGCCGGUGAAGAUGCGCAGGUCAAGAAGGAGGAGUGGCCGGCCUAUUUUGUACGGUUGUUCGACAACGACGUUACACCUGACCCUACGACACCGAGCGGUUAUGCUAUCCGGGCAGCCAUACUGGACAUCCUGGACGUCUUCGAGGUCAACCGCAAGGAGUGUGCCCGGCUGCUUUUGGAGUACCCCAAGUGGACCCUUCACGGAACUUUCAAGCCCAGACCUGGUGCACCAGAGCAAGAGCCAGUGACUGAGAAGAACUGGCAACUCGAGAACACAAUCAUCGAGAUCACGCUGGGUUCGGUCUUCCUUUUGCCCGAGUCGACGUACAAGCCGGUUUACUACAUCGCUCUCAUCACGGAGAUUUCAAUACGGAAGCUCUACACACUCCUGUCGGACGGCCUAGACGUCGAAGUCGCGCAUCGGUUUGCUGAUUGGUUCUCGGUCCACAUGAGCAACUUCGGUUCGCUGGGUUGGAAGGAAUGGGUACCGGACAUCGCCCUUUCUCUGAGGCAUCCUAAACGACGCUUCGUGAGGAAGGCACUCGAGUAUGAGAUUCGGCUCUCCGAUGCAAAACCCGGAAACCCAUGCAUGCCAGAGGAAUCACCUGGUCCUGACUACGACUAUGACGACCCCUCAAAACCGUAUCACGAUGCAGCGCAGUCCCUUCUGACCCUCUUGCGUGGCCGCACGAAGGCAGAAGAUGUCGUCUCACACCUCGACCCUCUCAAGAACAGCAUCUCCGAGACGGCGGAGGGCGACGUGAACGUUAGCUCCGUCGUCCGUUCUAUCGCCGUGCAGUCGUUGCUGCACAUUGGCAACCGCUCGUUCUCCCAUUUCCUCAACGCCAUCGAGCGGUACCUCCCGCUCCUCCGUAAUAUUGCAUCUGGCGGAGGUGCGGGUGCGACCGGCAGCUCGAACACGGAAGCGCGUAUGGACAUCCUGAGCGCCGUCGCGAACUACUGGAAGCGCGUCAGAAACAUGAUUGUGAUCUACCAAAUUGUCGAUCCGACGGAUGUGGUCACUUGGACGUUUGCGUAUGGUGGGGCGCUGACUGGUGCCGUCGGCAAGUCGUCUUUCGACGCGUUCCAGUGGGGCGUGCUCAAGGCAAGAGCGAUAGCCACAGAAGGCGGUGACAUGGAGGUCGACGCCGAGGCGAAGCCCGACGUCUUGCACGUCGCAGAGUCGCCUGCACAGACCACCGCUCUCAAGGCAUUCGCUACGCUGACGCGGGAACAGAAAGCGGCUCUGUCGCGUACCCUGGAUGGCUUCGUUGGCUACCUGGUCGCCGGAGACCAUGCCAAUCCCACAGCAGCGGAAGUCAUCACAGAAAAAUCAUGGCACAACCGCGUCAACUGGAAUGAAGUGCAAUGGGAGACCUGGGAGACUUGGUGCUGGUUCCGUCACUUCUGCAGAGCGUACUCGCCCUAUCUACGCAACUAUACACAGUCGCUGGAAGAGGCGUCCAUGACAAAAGUCGGCCCUUCUGAUCCGGCCGUGGAUUUGUUCAAGAAAACUUGGAACAUCGCCACCGGGCAGGAGGUGUAACGUUGCACUGUUCCGUCUAUACUUAUUCCUGA